GACCAUAUUUUAUUCUUACUUUCUCGAUAGAGAGCGGCGAUAGAGAGCGGCAACACAAAAAACUGGCUGAACUGACCCCGAACGACCCGAGAUGCGAGGAAAUGUUACAUCACCGCUUCAUAAACAUCAUGCGUUGUCGAUUUUUAUAUAAAUGUGAAUUUGUGACUCUGGAGUGUAGUGUGGUCUUCUUGCUACAGAUGGGAUGGAGGCGAAAAUACCAAGCAGAAAUUUCUCACCAACCGCUCCAUUAUCAUCAAAAGUGAACAGGAAAAUUUUGGGCCUACUUUCGUGUCAGUGCCUACGUGAGUCUUUGCAUUCAUUCAUCAAUAAUGCAUUGUUGCAUUAUAUUGACAUGACAUAUGAUAUAAGUUACUUACUAUACGCUUUAAAAUUGGCAUUGCAACUUUCUUCGUUUAGUAAAAGCUGGAAUGUACGAUUUUAUUCUGUAGUAGCGUAAUAUUUUUAGUCACCUCAAAAUAAAAUUAAUCCAAUUUAAAUUUAAUUAGUGAUUAGGGCUAGUCAUUUAGUAUUUAGACUCUAUAGACUAUAGACUACAGACUACAGUCUGGGUCAGUUAUUUUUAUCACAUCACAUAUUAUCAUCAUUUUCAUAGCCUUGUUGUUGGUACAUAAGCACUGGGCUUGCCGAGAAUGCCAUGGGUGUUGGAAUUGGAAACUAGACAGUAAUAUUAAUUAAUAUAAACGAGACAAGGUGAAAACCAAUAUUAAUAUUAUUAUUAUUAGAUAAUUAGGCCUAAUUAAUAAUAUAUAACAUACCAUAUUAUUACAUUGUCAGUUAAGUAUUGUUUAUGCCUCACUAAACUCACUUUGUCCCAGUCUUGGUGAUUAUUGCCAAAUUAACUAAAUUAUAAAUUUAAUUUAAGCCGAUCACAGUGUAGUAUAAAAUAAUAGUAUUUUUUAUAUAGCCGCUAAUUAUAAUUAAAAUGAUUAGCCAGGCCUAUUGCUAUUUAAAAGCUGUUAGUUUAUGUUGAAGGUUACAUCAGCUAGAAUUUAGGGCACGGCUAUCCAAUAAUGAUGCACUGCUAUUUUGGUCAAUUUGUUAUCCAACCCGUCCCAAAAUUGUAACAUAAUUUUACAUCCAUCAUCUUAAAUUCAUAUUGUUUAUGGAAAGCCCCACUGACAUUUAGUAAACUAGAACAUUAAAUCAAUAAGCCCACGUCACCUACCUUUAAUAAAUUAAAAAAUGUGAAAUAAUAUGUUGAUUUGGUAAACAUGGGAACGCCUGCCACCUUUUUUAUUGAUGGCCACCAUCUUGGUUGCCACGACACGUGAAGUGUCAACCAAGAUGGCGGCCAAAAAGUAGUGCAAAACACGUGUUAUGAAAAUGGAGGGGGGGGGGAGAAAAUGUGUUCAUAAAAAAGAAUAAAAAUGAAAGGAAAGAAUCAGGGAGACAUGUGAAUUAAAUUGCAUUUGGAGUGAUCUUUUAGUGGACUGGGGAGGGGUUGGAAACCCCUCCCCAAUUUAACAAAAAAAAUAUAUAAUGAGAAAACAAUCGAUCCCUAAAUCUAACCUGAAUCCUAAAUCGAUCCCUAAAACUAGCCCUAAAGCCACAAGUAAAAACACAUGGAAUUUAUACACUGUGGCAGGAAAACUAGGAAAAUGAACAAAAAGAAGAGUAAUGGCCAAAAAUGAUUAUAAAAUAAAGAAGAAAUAAUGAAAACCCAACUUACCAAAAAAAUAAUUUAUUUUUCAGUAAUAUUUCGAACAUUCUCAAAUUUCCAAACAUAAUUUGCACAUAAUCCGCCACUGGUUUCUUAACAAAAAACAAUAAAAUAUUAAACAUUCCUCGAGCGCUUGAAUACUAAUACAUUAAUUAAGAAAAAACAACAUUUCUAAUAAUAAACCAAGGGAAGUGACUCCCAAACGUAAACAAUACCCAAAAGACGCUGUGGCAGCUGUCCUCGGUUUUAGCCGUUGAUUUUACUGUUUAGUCUAUCUUAGUUCACGUCCCGACCGAAAACUCUGAGGGGGGUGGUAACGCAACACUUUCCCUCCGGAGUGGAAGCAAACCCGCCCAGACUCUUCGGGAGAGUGGACUGCGAACGCUUUAAAUGCGUUUUCGGUCGACCUGAUGUCUCCCAGGCCGGGGGGAGGUUGCCGACGCUCGGUUUGGUGGCGGUUAUGUUAACAAUUCACUAAUCUAUAGGGGCCAUCCAUAAUUGACGUCACGCGCCUAGGGGGGAGAGGGGGAUCAGAUUUUUGUGACGAUGUGUGAAGGGGGGGGGGGGGGGCUCAUGCAAUGUGACGUCACAUGAAAAGCGGAAAUUGUAGUAAACAUUUGCACUUAAUAACCCUGAAUUACAGCCAUUUUUAACAUUACUCUUUUAUACAAUUAUAAUUAUUUUAUUUUUACUCACUACUAUCACUGAGAGAAUCAGUACAGGCAGGGCCGGCGCUAGGGGAUGGUGAAGUGGGUGACCGCACGUUGCCGUAGUAUAUUUAGAAUAUACCUCAGCCUGCUAAUACCCCUGAUUAAGAACCACUGAUCUAGUGAAAUGUUUCUAACACGGGUGCGGUAAGUUGAUAUCCAUGGGAGGCGAAUUUCUUAAGGGUUUGUAAAGGACAGUAGUGGACACAGGGACUUUUUUUGGGGGGGGGGGGGGGUGCAGAGAUUUGUGACGUUAUAUUUGACCGGGGUCUAACUUUUUGUGACGAUUUGUGACGAAGGCGGGAGGGCGGGGUAAAAAAUCGGCAAAAUUUGCGUGACGUCAUUUAUGGAUGGCCCCAUAUAUAUAUAUAUAAAGGCAAACUCUAUGUUUUAACUAGGCUCAAAACUUAUUACACUAUAUAAAACUGUGGGGCUAAACGUCUGAAAGAACAAAACCAUACAAUGAAAACCCUCUUACCACAGCAGUAAACCAAAUACGUUAAUAUACGCAUUCCCAAGCAACCCACCUAGCAAGAUCAGCCUGGCAUAUUUUAUAAGGUCAUAAGAGGCAGUUGAGAGUUUGAUGUUAUUUAGGCACGUAAAUGUCAGUUGGAAGCGUAUAUAUUGAUACAAGUACUAAGCAACUGUUCUAUUUGGAUACCAAAGUUUAGAAUACCGGUAACCUUUGACCCCAGAGAAGAAGGCUGUAGAUACUUAAAGGUGUCUAAUGCAGGUGCUGGAGCUCCAUAUUUAGUCUUUUGCCCUUUUCCAAUCUAAAACAUCUGCAAGAUAAAGUGACCUCAGAUUUCAUUCUAAAAGGAACGUGUCACCAGGUUUCCGAAAUGGUCCUUUUUUUUCCCCGAAUUUUUCUUUUCCAGUCCCCAAUGUUUCUGAACAUGGGCUAAACCUGUUUCAGCACAUGGUAUGGUCAGAAAGUUUAUAAUAUUUAUUAAAUCUAUAUCUAAAACAUCUUUAGAAAAAAAUAAACACUAUUUUAAAGUAUUUGCUUAUCAUUUUAUGCAAACCAACAGCUUAUCAAUUUCAGAACCGAUAAUCGGAAGUCACAACACUGUUUAACAUUCUAACCAUACAUUGAAUCUCAAAUCACAUAAAUAUUUCUGAUUCAUUUUUCAAGUAAGCUUCCAACCCAGGGGUGGGCAAACUAUGGCUUGUGAAGCAAUUGUGGCUCAUGCCUCUGCUCGCUCUCCCUUUAAAAAAAUAAAAUAAUAAAAUGAAAGAAGGAGAAAAAAUGAAUGUGUAUUUUAAACUUUCGAUUUCAGAUGUCAUUACUAUAUGGUUUUUUAUUUACACAAAGAAUAUUUUAUAAUCUUUUAGCCAUAUUUAUAACUUACUAUAGAAUAUCUGAAACCUUAUCCAAAGUGAUUUGUUAUGUGCUGUUUUCAAAACGGUUAUUGUUUAUUUGACCAGAUCUAAAGACUCAUUCAUACUUCUGGCAUUCUAUAUGUCUGUUAAGACUAAAAAUAAAAAAUUUAAGAAGAAUAUCUACUGCAUAUUAUCUGGUAUUUUAAAAAUGAAUAUCCUGAUUUCAUGGUCACUAUAAAUCAAAUUCAUAAUAACAAACUUACUUCCUUACACAUCAAGUGGUAUGAUAAAAUUUUUAAAACUUUAUGAUUUAUUUUAACUUUGAUUAACUUGGGCUCAGAAGUUAGUCAGACACAAUCUAAAGGGAAAUGAUUUUAUGAUUGUGUUCUUUUUUAAAGUGAAUCAUGUUAAAGACUUAAUAUAUAUAUUUGUAUAUCAUCACCUCUUUAUUCUUUUUUGUGAGUUUAUUUUUGAAGUGCUUCUUCCUUUGAACGUAAGUGAAUAUGAUUUUUUUUCUUUCUAAAAUUACUUUUAAAUGCUUGUUUGUUUUGCAGAUGUCAUUGGUUUCCUCUUGAUGGUAAAUCCAUCAUCAACCCAAUCAAAAGCUGAUUCACAGAGUCAAAUAAAUCAUGUUUCGUCAUCUUUUUCAUCUUUCAAGCUUCAUCCUCGCAUCUUGGAAUUUCACCCGGACUACGUGAAUGGAGUUGAGGGUAAUUUGUUUUUUUAUAUUUUAUGUCAAAAUGUAUGAUUGUGGGAUGGAAUGGUGAACCUCAAUGCAAUCUCCCUGAUUUGUAUUGUUGGAGUAAACAUAUUCGUAACAUUGUUUACUAAAUAUAUACAGAGUCAAUUUUCAAAAUGCUUUAUCUCCAUUUUUGGCGUUUUGAGAUAAUCGACUUUUUCUGCUACCCAAUGAUGGCUCAAAUUUUCGGAAAAGUAAAUGCUAAUUUUGGUAUAUAUUCAAAAUAUAAGUUAGAUUAUGAUGAAAAUGAAAUGUAGGUUAAUUAAAAUGUAUUUAUUUACUUGGUUGAGUUUCUUAUUUCGUUUCAAAAUGCUGUUUAACCACCUAUAAAUUAGCGACAAAAUGCUGUAUAUCCAUUUUGAUAGCAUAACAUUAUUCCCAGUAGCAAAUAAUUUAAGUUGUUAAAAGAUUACAAACAAUUUACAUAACAAAAUAAAAUAAAAUUGUAUCACAUACAUUAUAUAAUUGUGUAUGAUUAAUGUUUUUAUUGAUAUAUUAAUUAACAGAACAGUAUUAUGAAUGCUGGGAAGUUGCUUGUAAUAGCGUAAUGUUUUGAGAGCUAUAAGUUUGCAUGAUUUGUUUUUAUAAAUCUGAAUUCUAAACAAAAGUAAACAAGAUAAUGUUCAAUUUAAAAAUCAUUUGAUUUGAAUUUAGAGCAACGACACAAUAGAAAAUAAUGAAGUGUCUGAUUCAGAGUGUGCAUUAUCUUCAAUAGUAGUUUGGUUUUGUUCCAGGAAAAGUUGAUGCUUCUUAUUUACAUUCAAAUCAGAGGGCAAAUAUUUCUGUCUUUGAGCACCCUUUCUUCUGUAAUGGCUAGAUCUGCAUGUAAAAGAUUGAAUGUGUAAUAAAUAACACAGCUAACUCUGUAAAGCAACUUUUUAUUUUCAUUUCCUUAACACUUCUGAUGUAUAGUAACCAUAACAAUAAUAAUAAUGUAAAAUGAAAUUUAGUGUUUUUUUAAUAAAGUUACCUGUAACUCAGGUUGCAGAACCAUGUAUUGUCAUUACACGUAACAGAGGGGAUCUUUCCUCCGCUUGAUUGACAAAAUGAUUUGUCUUUUUCUCAAGUUGAGCUUUUUUUCUUUCUUUUUCGAGAUUUUAUAAUAAAAUUAACUCUUUCAUCCAGGCCGUCGUUAUACACAGUGUUCGUUUUUGUUUCGCGUCGUGAUGUUUAGUGCGCAUGCGCAGAAUGCCGCAGCAUAGCUUGCCAAUCACACUGAUCGGUCCAAAAAUAUAUACAGCCUUUGGAUAAUAAUAAAAAAAUUUCACACCGCGUUUUGAAAAUAAAAUCAUUUUUAGAUAUAGAAUAAUAUAGUAUUAAAAUGUGUUUUGUAUUUAAACUUUAACAUGUCCUAAAGGAAACUGGUUUGCUCUAAAAGAAUGUACAGUUAUCUCAUUUUUGCAAAAUGGCUGAUACCGCGUUUUGAAAAUCGACUCUUAUAUAUAUAUAAACAAACUGUUAUGACUUGGUUCGAACUGCUAAACGAAAUCUUAGCUUACAAUCAUUGCUUUUGUUUUUUCUAAAUUCUUAAUUUCCGCAUUGUUAUCAGUUUCACAAGCCUAAACUGUUCAUUUUGUAAACAAGUGAAGUGUUUAUAAAAUGUAUGACCAGUUUUCUUGUCUAACAUUCAUUUUCAUGCGUACAGCAAACUCAAAUAAUGUCUGGGGGGGGGGGGGAGCUUCAAAACUUUGCUCAGCACCAAAACAUUUGGGAACAGAGAAUAAAAAAGAUUAGGGGAAACAUUUCUCUUGGAAACUACCUUCUAUUUAAUUGCUACCCAACCUUUUUUACACUAUCUGUGACUGAAGUAUUUGGAAUCCAUGACAUUCUGUCAUCUGUUUCUUUCUGUUUCAUUUUUCGUUUUGUUAUAUGUGCGCACUCAGUUUUUCAGAGUCAAUUACAUUUAUUUUUUUUUAAGUUUGAUUUCUUCAUUACCACAAUAUUUGUUUUUUUUUGUUUUUAAAUUUUUAUUAUAUUUUUGGAGUUAAUACUUUUUCUAUAUAAUUCAAGUUAUCAACAGUAUAACAUAUCUGGUAAUGUCUAAACAUGUUCAUGAUAUCUUAGACAGGGUGUAGACAUACCAAUAUCUAAUUUAUUAAAGAAAUAAUGUAUUGAACAAAAAAACCUCAGCUGAAAAUGAAAUCUAUUGCUCUCUCUCUCUUUCCUCACCUUCAAGGCAUUGACAGAUUCAUAAUUAUUAAUAAAAUCACUAAUUUCUUAGAGGUGAAGUCUUUGUUGCCUAAAACGCUGGCUAUUUUGUUUUAAAAAGUGUUAUGUUAAAUGUAAUCUGGGUUGCAAGACUUUUAAAAGAUAUGUUGAUUUUGUUCACAGGUUCAAAAAUAGAUGGUUUGACUCUCAAGAAAACAAUUGUCAUUGUCACACCGGGGCUUCUCAUCCCUCCAGAUAAUGUAGAAGAACUGCACCCUUCUUGGUCACGUGAUAGGACACACCUUUGCAACUUCCAAGAGUUUUCUAAGAAUCAUAAGUCAGAUAAGGUCAGAGGUUAUUCAGAAAUACUUUCAAUAAAAGAUAAGUUUAGAAGCAAGAAAGUAAAGUCGGGCCUUAAAUUUUUCUCACCCUUGUCAGAAGCUGGAGAUUGUGCAAGUAAAAAACUCUCAGCUGCUGGUGUGUCCCAUCUGAUCUACUUGGGUCAAUAUUUGAGACAGGCGUACUCGGAUCAGCUGUCAAGCUUGCAUGAAAGUGCCCACGACCUAGACCUGGCCGAGACGUUUGGUGAGGAGGCGCUGUUUCAGAGUUUAAAUGCCCUACUCUAUGGUUUGCUGACAGAGAAACAGUUCAUUUCCACCGACAUUGCCAAAAGAUCCAGAGAUUUCAACACAGCCUCUGAGAGGACUCCACAGCCUCACCACGACUUACAGCAUUUUGUAGAGCAGUCCUAUGAAACAGAAAGUUAUUUGUUGAAAAAUUCUAAAAUUGAUAUCCUUGACCAAGAUGUUGAUGUUCCAUCGAAGCAUACUGUUUUGUAUUUGUUGAACAUUUUGUUUUCUAUUUUGAACGAUAACAAUGUUGUCAGUGACGCUGUUAAAAACAGCAACUUUUUUAACAGUAGAAUUCUGUCAUACAAUGCCAUGAGUAGGUUGUUUAACACUUCAGACAUCCACACCAGCUAUCUUUCCUCUAACUCUGCAUUUAAAUUGUAUGCCCAAUCUCGUACAUACAAUAUGCGGCAACGCCUUAAAGCUUUACUGCCAAAGGAGGGUAAGGCAGUUGAUAAUGAUUUAAACGUGAUAUCCAUUGAUGACUUGUUGAUGUUGAGCCUGUUGGUGUCUCUGAAUAUGUCGGUGAAUAGACAUUUGCCAUCUGCCUCAAGGCUAGUCAUUGAAUAUUUUGAAACAGUGCCAUCCAUGCUGAUCAAUCCAUUAUGGCAUGCUUACCCAUUGCAUAACGGUGAAGGUUUGCAAGUAAGCCCUGAUCACUCAACUGAUCAACUUGGUUCCAAACUUCCUAGUCAUAUUCCACUUGGUGAACAUCCUUCAACUCCUGGUGGGAUCGGGGAUAGUAGCCCUCCUUCCUUUCCCCUCUCCCACAUCCUCUUAAAUCAAAAUAUGUUAGCAGGGAUACUGAAACAAAAUGACAUUCCAAUAAGAAAUCAUCAAAAUCCCUUUGAGUUUGUACGUGUUUUAUACAACGGUCAGGUGAUCACUGCACAGCUUGGUGGCUGCAGCCAUGAUACGCUGAUCACUCUGGGGCUCUGUGUUAGGAGUAGCUUUGAAAAUCUGCUUAAUUCAUUGGCAAAGAGUGAGAACUUGAAAGAAGAAUUGUAAAAAA